AGCGCCCUCUGUAUUGUCACUCGCAAUUUUCGUAAAAAAAGCAGCAAAAACGCAUAAAUUCCGAUUCUCCGCGCACGCAGCAGUGAAACUCGGCCAAAUUAUUUGUAGCAGCAGCAGUUCGCGUCACGUAGUUUAUUGUGAACAAAUUUGGUAGUGAAGUUAACGCGUGUACACGAUGGUUUGGGGAUUUGUUACUUGCGGCCCGAACGAAGCGUUGGUGGUAUCAGGAUGCUGCCAUAUGAAGCCACUGCUGGUACCUGGUGGACGCGCCUUCGUGUGGCCAUCGAUUCAACAAGUGCAAAGAAUCUCUCUCAACACGAUGACGCUGCAGGUCGAGAGCCCGACCGUGUACACGAGCCAGGGCGUACCAAUUUCCGUGACCGGGAUUGCGCAGGUUAAGAUCCAGGGCCAGAAUGAGGAUAUGUUGCUGACGGCUUGCGAGCAGUUCCUCGGGAAACCGGAGGCCGAAAUCCAGCACAUUGCACUGGUAACGCUCGAGGGCCACCAGCGGGCGAUCAUGGGCUCGAUGACGGUCGAGGAGAUCUACAAGGAUCGCAAGAAGUUCUCCAAGCAGGUGUUCGAAGUUGCCUCGUCCGAUCUGGUCAACAUGGGCAUAACGGUAGUAUCCUACACGCUGAAGGAUAUCCGCGAUGAAGAGGGAUAUCUGAAAAGCCUGGGUAUGGCCCGUACGGCGGAGGUAAAGCGCGAUGCACGGAUCGGCGAGGCAGAGGCACGCUGCGAUGCGACAAUCAAGGAAGCGAUCGCCGAGGAGCAGCGCAUGGCGGCUCGCUUCCUGAAUGACACCGAGAUCGCCAAGGCUCAGCGUGACUUCGAGCUGAAGAAGGCAGUCUACGAUGUGGAGGUGCAGACAAAGAAGGCCGAAGCUGAGAUGGCGUACGAGCUGCAGGCGGCCAAAACGAAGCAGCGCAUCAAGGAAGAACAGAUGCAGAUUAAGGUGGUCGAGCGUACGCAGGAAAUUGCCGUGCAGGAGCAAGAGAUGCAGCGCCGUGAGCGUGAGCUGGAGGCCACCAUUCGUCGUCCGGCCGAGGCCGAGAAGUACAAGCUCGAGAAGCUGGCUGAAGCUAACAAGGCACGCGUAGUUCUGGAAGCGGAAGCCGAAGCAGAAGCGAUAAGAGUACGUGGUGAAGCCGAGGCCUUUGCUAUUGCCGCGAAAUCGAAGGCCGAAGCGGAGCAGAUGGCAAAGAAGGCGGAAGCUUGGAGAGAGUAUCGUGAGGCCGCCAUGGUCGAUAUGUUGCUCGAGACCUUACCGAAGGUUGCUGCCGAAGUGGCCGCGCCAUUGUCUCAGGCCAAGAAGAUCACGAUGGUCUCGAGCGGUAAUGGAGAGGUCGGUGCGGUAAAACUGACCGGCGAAGUGCUGCAGAUCGUUAACAAAAUACCGGAACUGGUGAAAUCCAUCACGGGUGUCGAUAUUUCGCGGUCGGUGCACGCCGGUUAAGCACCAAGGGGUGGCAACGUCAAACGAUUCACUGUAUAUGACACAGCGGGAAACUACGAUUACUUCUGCUCUCGAAGAAGCCAACCCAAAGCAAGCCAACAUUACGACGAAAGACGAAGAUACCAAGGAAACGAAAAACUAUAGAAGGAGUCCGCCUGCCCGACACACGCCUUUGCAUCGAACGGCCAUACGAAGUUGAUCCUUCGACAUCCUUUAACGUAAUACCAUUUUGCAGGACCUCCCAUACCGUAGAAACCGAACAAAACCGAAUAGCAAUGGACAGUGUAGGGUGGCGGCAGGCGACGUUUAGAUAGUGUUGUUGUAUCAUUAGAUGGUUACUCUCAUUAUUGUGUUACGUUUUAAUUUUUAUGACGUUUUGCGUUCAGUCUUAGUAACACCACUUCCCGGGCGGAUCAGGGUAGAGAAGUAAGUUUUUUGGUUUACGAACCAUUGUGGACCGGAACAAGGGACGAGCAGAAGAAAGCAUUAUUGAUUAGAAUUGAAUUUACCCAGUCAAUCUAGCAGGAAACGCAUUUUCGUAUUUGAAACCGCGAUGCAUCCGGUUUCUAAACCUAAAGAUUUCCCUCUUUUUCGUCACUGCCAUUCAUCUUUUAGAUCAGAAUGCAGCAUAAUAUAGCUCAUCGGUUCUGCACAAAUAUUGCUGGACGACACAAGCAUGCGUGUGCUCUACCGCAGGACGACAGCUCUCGAUCAAUUCACAUUCAAUUAAACGUUUUUGAUGAAAUUCUUAACAAACUUUAAUGUGCGAUGUUCAAUAGGUGUAUAGUGAGCCGGUGGGUACAAGCAUAGAACGGGGGAGAGUGAGUGUAGUAUCUAUAAGAAGGUACUAGAUUACCGAGACCGGGACUACCAUCAGUAACUUUUGUGCCGUUCGUUCGCGAUCCUAAGUACGACCAGAAUACCAUUUCCAUCCAAUUCUUUGGCCUAGCAGCAGAGGUGUGUAUGUAAAACGGAAACCCGGGUUUAAUGUAUUAUGAGUACGGGUACGAAACACACACCCAGAGUGCAAAAACCAGAUAUUUUCAUCCUUUGCUUAGCCCCACCCCUCCAACUCCGCUUAACGAAUAUUGAGCCUACUUUGCUAGUCACUCCACUAGAGGGGAAUGGUUAACAAAUGGUGCAGCAUGGUUGCAUUUUGCUGGCGUCGACCAGCUACAAACAUCAUUGUAGAACAUUGCGUUGACGUUGUGGACUUAGGAAUAUAGCUGGUGCUGGGAAAUCUAUAGUGUAAACGUUUGAUAUUAUAAGUCGAUGCCGAAACAGCGAAAACAGAAGCGAAAUCUCUCGAUUACACCCGGAUUGCACAUCACUCGUCAUGCAGAACAUAUAUAUAUAGAUAUAUAGAGGUAUAUAUUUUUAAAACAAAUCUCCGUUUCCAUGUUGGCACAGAGAUAGUGUGUGGUGCAAUAAAUGGCAAGAAAAAACGUAGCAAAAACCCCUCGAGAUAUUUAGCGACGGGAUAUAGCACAAGUCUGCGAGAGUGUCAGACAGCUAGCCCGGCAAAAUUGUCCCAGUAUAUAAACGCCAAAAAACUAGCAUUCAGAAUCACAAAAAAUCAUACAAAAAUGGAAACGGCCAUUAUUUUGUCUUGCGGUCAGUAAAAGUAAAUCGUUCGUAUCCGUUACUAUCCGGCGUGUCUUAUUGUAUUGUACUACUCUGUGCUGAACAGUACAGCUAGCUUUCCUUCGAUAUUCAAACUCGCCUCGUUUUUCAUCCUGCCAUAGUAAACCAGAACUAAAGCCGAAGCUGUACUUGAUAAACGAUGGUUUGAAUAAAUAAAUACAUUGCGUAAAC